CGCCUCUCUCCGGCACGGACACACACGCUCGCCUCUUGCACAAAGAGGGCUCAGCGUGGUGUGGCCCUGGGGGGAGCAGCGCAUGUGGGAGCCUUCUGCUGCUCAGUUCUAGGUACUUACUCCAUGGAGCUGGAACCCUCAAGGAUCUAGGGCUUUCCCCCUCCGGAAAGAAGACAGUUUCAAGAAGAGCAGAGACGGCUGCUUUGAAUUCCACCCUGUGCUUUCAAACCUGCAAAUCAGCCUGAGAGUGAGCCACCCUAGCACCCCAGCAGCAGCCAGCUGAGCCCACCUCCACCAUGGGGGCCGUGACUCAGUUGCUGGCGGGCAUUGUCAUAGCUCUGCUUGCCCUCCCUACUGAAGGUGGUGUCCUCAAGAGAGUCAUCAGGCACAAGCGACAGAGUGGGGUGAAUGUCUCACUGCCAGAGGAGCAGCAGCCGGUGGUGUUUAACCAUAUCUACAAUAUCAAGCUGCCCAUGGGGUCCCAGUGCUCAGUGGAUCUGGAAUCAGCCAGCGGGGAGAAAGACCUGGCCUCACCGCCAGAGCCCAGCGAAAGUUUCCAGGAGCACACAGUGGACGGGGAAAACCAGAUCGUCUUUACACACCGCAUCAACAUCCCCCGCCGGGCCUGUGGCUGUGCUGCAGCUCCUGACGUCAAGGAGCUCCUGAGCAGGCUGGAGGAGCUGGAGAGUCUGGUGUCCUCCUUGCGGGAGCAGUGUACCUCGGGAGCGGGCUGCUGUCCCCAGCCUGCGGAAGGCCGCCUGGACACGAGGCCCUUCUGCAGUGGCCGGGGCAACUUCAGCACCGAAGGAUGCGGCUGCAUUUGUGAACCCGGCUGGAAAGGCCCCAACUGCUCAGAGCCCGACUGUCCCAGCAGCUGCCACCUGCGAGGCCAGUGCAUCGACGGCCAGUGUGUCUGUGACUCAGGCUUCACGGGCGAGGACUGCAGCCAGCUGGCCUGUCCAAGCGACUGCAAUGACCAGGGCAAGUGCGUGAACGGGGUGUGCGUCUGUUUCGAAGGCUACACGGGGGCCGACUGCAGCCAUGAGGUGUGCCCGGUGCCCUGCAGCCAGGAGCACGGCAAGUGUGUGGACGGACGGUGCGUGUGCCAGGACGGCUUCGCGGGCGAUGACUGCAACGAGCCCCUCUGCCUCAACAACUGCUACAACCGCGGGCGGUGCGUGGAGAACGAGUGCGUGUGCGACGAGGGCUUCACUGGCGAAGACUGCGGCGAGCUCAUCUGCCCCAAGGACUGCUUCGACCGGGGCCGCUGCAUCAACGGGACCUGCCACUGCGAGAAAGGCUUCACGGGAGAGGACUGCGGCCAGCUCACCUGCCCCAACGCCUGCCACGGCCAAGGGCGCUGCAACGAGGGGCAGUGCGUGUGUGACGAAGGCUUCACCGGGGUGGACUGCAGUGAAAAGAGGUGUCCUGCUGAUUGUCACAACCACGGCCGCUGCAUCGACGGGCAGUGCGAGUGUGACGAUGGCUUCGCGGGACCCGACUGCAGGGAGCUCCGAUGCCCUAACGACUGCCACGGCCACGGCCGCUGUGUCAACGGGCAGUGCGUGUGUGACGAGGGUUACACCGGGGAGGACUGCGGCCAGCAGCGCUGCCCGAGCGACUGUAACAACCGGGGCCGCUGCAUCCAGGGGAAGUGCCUGUGCGAGCGUGGCUUCACGGGCUAUGACUGCAGUGACAUGAGCUGCCCCAGUGACUGUCACCAGCACGGCCACUGCGUGAACGGCAUGUGUGUGUGUGAUGACGGGUACACAGGCGAAGACUGCCGGGACCUGCGAUGCCCCAAGGACUGUAGCCGCCGGGGCCGCUGCGUGGACGGGCAGUGCGUGUGUGAGGACGGUUUCACGGGCCCCGACUGUGCAGAGUUGUCCUGUCUGAACGACUGCCACCGCCAGGGCGACUGCGUGAACGGGCAGUGCGUGUGCCAUGAAGGCUUCACGGGCAAAGACUGCAGGGAGAGAAGGUGUCCCAAUGACUGCAAUGGCCGGGGCCGCUGCGUGGAUGGCCAGUGUGUCUGCCACGAGGGCUUUACCGGCCUGGACUGUGGGCAGCUCUCCUGCCCCAAUGACUGCAGCCAGUUAGGCCAGUGCGUGGCCGGCCGCUGCAUCUGCAGGGAAGGCCAUGCCGGGGAAGACUGCUCCGACGUGUCCCCUCCCAAAGACCUGGUCGUGACAGAAGUGACAGAAGAGACCGUCAACCUGGCUUGGGACAAUGAAAUGCGGGUCACAGAAUACCUCGUCGUGUACACGCCCACCCACGCUGACGGCCUGGAGAUGCAGUUCCGCGUGCCCGGAGACCAGACGUCCACCACCAUCCGGGAGCUGGAGCCUGGCGUGGAGUACUUCAUCCGCGUGUUCGCCAUCCUGGAGAACAAGAAGAGCAUUCCUGUCAGCGCCAGGGUGGCCACUUAUUUACCUGCACCUGAAGGCCUAAAAUUCAAGUCUAUCAAGGAGACAUCUGUAGAAGUGGCAUGGGACCCUCUGGACAUUGCUUUUGAAAACUGGGAGAUCAUCUUCCGCAAUAUGAACAAAGAAGAUGAGGGAGAGAUCACCAAAAGUCUGAGGAGGCCAGAGACCUCGUACCGGCAAACUGGUCUAGCUCCAGGACAAGAGUAUGAAAUAUCUCUGCACAUUGUGAAAAACAAUACCCGUGGCCCCGGCCUGAAGAAGGUGACAACUACCCGCUUGGAUGCCCCCAGCCAAACUGAGGUGAAAGAUGUCACUGACACCACUGCCCUCAUCACCUGGUUCAAGCCCCUGGCCGAGAUCGACAGCAUCGAGCUCUCCUAUGGGGUCAAAGGCGCGCCGGGCGACCGCACCACUGUCGACCUCACACCCGACGAGAACCAGUACAGCAUCGGGAACCUGAGGCCAGACACUGAGUACGAGGUGGCCCUCAUCUCCCGCAGGGGCGACAUGUCCAGCAACCCAGCCAAGGAGAUCUUCACGACAGGGCUGGAUGCUCCCAGGAAUCUCAGGCGCAUCUCCCAGACAGACAACAGCAUCACCCUAGAGUGGAGAAAUGGCAAGGCAGCCAUUGACAGCUACAGAAUUAAGUAUGCACCCAUCUCUGGAGGUGACCAUGCAGAGGUUGACAUCCCAAAGAGCCAACAAGCCACAACCAAAACCACACUCACAGGUUUGAGGCCGGGAACUGAGUAUGGGAUUGGAGUGUCUGCUGUGAAGGAGGACAAGGAGAGCAACCCGGCGACCAUCAAUGCGGCCACAGACAUGGAUGCGCCCAAGGACCUUCGGGUUUCAAAAAUGACAGACAACAGCCUGACCUUGCUCUGGAGAGCGCCCCUGGCCAAGUUUGACCAUUACCGCCUCAACUACAGCCUCCCCUCGGGUCAGCCGAUGGAGAAGCAGCUUCCCAAAGACACCACCUCCUACGUUCUGCGGGGCCUGGCACCUGGGCAGGUGUACACCAUCCUCCUAAGAGCAGAGAAAGGCAGACACAAGAGCAAACCCGCCCACGUGAAGGCGUCCACCGACCAAGCCCCUGAACUGCGAAACUUCACCGUGACUGAGGUCGGCUGGGAUGGCCUCAGGCUCACCUGGACCGUGGAUGACCAGACCCAUGAGCACUUUGUCAUUCAGGUGCAGGAGGCUAACAAGGUGGAGGUGGUCCAGAACCUUACGGUGCCCGGCAGCCUCAGGUCUGUGGACAUCCCGGGCCUCAAGGCCGCCACCCCUUACAGGGUCACCAUCUUCGGGGUGACUCGGGGCAAUAGGACACCAGCACUCUCUGCUGAAGCCUCCACAGGGGAAACUCCCUCGCUGGGGGAGGUAACAGUGGCCGAGGUGGGCUUGGAUGCCCUCAAGCUCAACUGGACAGCUCCAGAAGGAGUCUAUGAGCACUUUUUCAUUCAGGUGCAGGAGGCGGACACAGUAGAUGCAGCCCAGAACCUCACAGUCCCAGGGCGACUAAGGUCCGUGGACCUAACUGGGCUCAAACCAACUACUCAUUAUAGCAUCUCCAUCCGUGGGGUCACUCCGGACUUCAGCACAACCCCUCUGUCUGUUGAAGUCUUGACAGAGAAGGUUCCAGAACUGGGAAACCUCACAGUGAGCAAGGUUAGCUGGGAUGCUGUCAACCUGGACUGGACCACCCAAGAUGGGACCUACGAACAGUUUAUCGUUCAGGUCCAGGAGGCUGACCAGGCAGAAGUUCGCAAUCUCACUGUUCCUGGAAGCCUGCGUUCCGUGGAAAUCCCAGGCCUCCGGGCCAGCACUCCUUACACAAUCACCCUGCACGGCAUGCUCAGGGACCGCAGCACUCGACCCCUUGCUGUGGAGGUCACCACAGAGGAAAUCCCUCAGCUGGGAGACUUAACCGUGACUGAGGUCGGCCGGGAUGGCCUCAGACUCACCUGGACCGUGGAUGACCAGGCCUAUGAGCACUUUGUCAUUCAGGUGCAGGAGUCUAACAAGGUGGAGGCGGCCCAGAACCUCACAGUGCCCGGCAGCCUCAGGGCUAUGGACAUCCCGGGCCUCAAGGCUGCCACCCCUUAUAGAGUCACCAUCCACGGGGUGGCUCAGGGCUAUAAGACACCAGUCCUCUCUGCUGAGGCCUCCACAGCUAAGGAACCUGAAAUUGGAAACUUGAAUGUUUCUGACACAACUCCUGAUGGCUUCAGUCUCUCCUGGACAGCUACUGAUGGGGUCUUUGAGAUCUUUACCAUUGAAAUUAUUGAUUCCAAUAGGUUGCUGGAGACAGUCGAAUAUAAUAUCUCUGGUGCUGAACGAACUGCCCAAAUCUCAGGGCUACCCCCUAGUUCUGAUUUUAUUGUCUACCUCUCUGGACUUGCUCCCAACAUCCCGACCAAAACCAUCAGCUCCACAGCCACCACAGAGGCCCUGCCCCUUCUGGAAAACCUAACCAUUUCCGACAUUAAUCCCUACGGGUUCACAGUUUCCUGGAUGGCAUCGGAGAAUGCCUUUGACAGCUUCCUAGUAACGGUGGUGGAUUCUGGGAAGCUGCUGGACCCCCAGGAAUUCACCCUUUCAGGAACCCAGAGGAAGCUGGAGCUUAGAGGUCUCAUAACUGGCAUUGGCUAUGAGGUUACAGUCUCUGGCUUCACCCAAGGGCACCAAACCAAGCCCUUGAGAACUGAGACUGUUACAGAAGCAGAGCUAGAAGUUGACAACCUUCUGGUUUCAGAUGCCACCCCAGACGGUUUCCGUCUGUCCUGGACAGCUGAUGAAGGAGUCUUCGACAGUUUUGUUCUCAAAAUCAGAGAUACCAAAAAGCAGUCUGAGCCACUGACAAUAACCCUACCUGCCCCUGAGCGUACCAGGGACAUAACAGGUCUCAGAGAGGCCACUGAAUAUGAAAUUGAGCUCUAUGGAAUAAGCAAUGGAAGACGAUCCCAGCCUGUCAGUGCUAGAGCAACAACAGCCAUGGGUACCCCAAAGGAAAUCAUUUUCUCAGACAUCACUGAAAACUCGGCCACCGUUAGCUGGAUGCCACCUACUGCCCAGGUGGAGAACUUCCGGAUUACCUACGUGCCCAUUGCAGGAGGAACGCCCUCCGUUGUAACUGUGGAUGGGACCAGGACUCAGGCCAAGCUGGUGCAGCUCAUUCCCGGGGUGGAGUACCUUGUCAGCGUCAUUGCCACAAAGGGCUUUGAGGAAAGUGAACCUGUCUCGGGGUCUCUCACCACGGCUCUGGAUGGUCCAUCUCGCCUAGUGACAGCCAACAUCACGGACUCGGAGGCCUUGGCCAUGUGGCAGCCAGCCAUCGCUGCAGUGGACAAUUACGUCAUCUCCUACACUGGGGAGAGAGUGCCAGAAAUUACACGCACGGUGUCCGGGAACACAGUGGAGUAUGCCCUGACCAACCUCGUGCCUGCCACGGAGUACACGCUGAGAAUCUUUGCUGAGAAAGGGCCCCAGAAGAGCUCAACACUCACUACCAAGUUCACAACAGACCUCGAUUCUCCAAGAGACCUGACUGCUACUGACAUUCAGUCAGAAACUGCCCUCCUCACCUGGCAGCACCCCCAGGCGUCCGUCACCGGUUACCUUCUGGUCUACGAAUCUGUGGAUGGUACAGUCAAGGAAGUCAUUUUGGGCCCAGACACCACCUCCUACAGCUUGGCAGGGCUGAGCCCAUCCACCCAUUACACAGCCAAGAUCCAGGCACUGAAUGGGCCUCUAAGGAGCAAGCUGAUCCAGACCAUCUUCACCACAAUUGGAUUGCUGUACCCAUUCCCCAGGGACUGCUCCCAAGCCAUGCUCAAUGGAGACACGACCUCUGGGCUCUACACCAUUUAUCUCAAUGGUGAUAAAGCCCAGGCCCUGGAAGUCUUCUGUGACAUGACCUCUGAUGGCGGUGGAUGGAUCGUAUUCCUGAGACGCAGCAAUGGACGUGAGGAUUUCUAUCGAAACUGGAAGGCCUAUGCUGCUGGAUUUGGGGACCGCAGAGAUGAAUUCUGGCUUGGGCUGGACAACUUGAGCAAAAUCACAGCCCAGGGGCAGUAUGAGCUCCGGGUUGACCUGCAGGACCACGGGGAGACAGCCUACGCCGUCUACGACAGGUUCAGCGUGGGAGACGCCAAGACCCGCUACAAGCUGAAGGUGGAGGGGUACAGCGGUACUGCAGGUGACUCCAUGACAUACCACAAUGGCAGAUCUUUCUCUACCUUCGACAAGGACACAGACUCAGCCAUCACCAACUGUGCCCUGUCCUACAAGGGGGCUUUCUGGUACAAGAACUGUCACCGCGUCAACCUGAUGGGGAGAUACGGGGAUAACAGCCACAGUCAGGGUGUUAACUGGUUCCAUUGGAAAGGCCAUGAAUACUCAAUUCAAUUUGCUGAGAUGAAGCUGAGACCCAGCAACUUCCGAAAUCUCGAAGGCAGGCGCAAGCGGUCAUGAAUUCCAGGGACAACUGGGUGAGAGAGGGGUAGGGCCCAGAGAAAAGAAAGGAUUUUACCAAAGCAGCGCUACAACCAGUCCAACCAUCAAGCCACACCUGGGCAUUUGCAAGAGUCAAACUGGACCAUGGAAGAGUGGGGUCAAUGGUAACAGCUCUGGCCUCGUCUACUCUGCGAUUACUUCCUUCGCACCAAAGACAACAGUCUCCAACAGGUUUCUGUUUUGUUGUUUGAUUCAGCAAAACUCUUCCAGUGACAGCAUCACAACGAUUGUUAACUUCUUUUGGGUGGCUCUGGGAAUGGGAGAGGGGUAGGCUGUACGUGGGUAGUUUGUUUUAGAACCAGCUGUAUUUUAUGCAAAGCUGUAUAAUUAAUUAUCAUUAUUUUUGUUAGUGAUGAUUAAAUAUUUGUCAUUGGAAGACAUCCCUUUUUUUUACAUUUCAUACGAAAGAAACCAGAAAAGCAAUACUGUUUCAAUUUUUAAGGAUAUGAUUAAUAUUAUUAAUAUAAAAUACUGAUGAUGAUGAAAACUAAAUAUUUGUGAAGAGAUCUUCCUUUCCAAAACACAUCUGGACAGUAUCUGAAAUUGUAUUUUUUUUUAAAUAAAAGCACAAGUACUUUUAAGUUUGGCUUUUA